GACGCUCUGUCAGACCGAGGAGGGCCCGGCGAGCGGCCGCGGGGCUGCAGCAGCGCCUCCAGUAGACCGGGAGCUCCCGGAGGGCAGGGGGCUUGUACGACCCCCUCUGUGCCCUGCCCCAGCCUGGCUUGAGUUGAAUCCAGGACCAGCUGCUGUCCACCUCCCCACUCCCACUGUGCCCUCCUGCCUCCAGCCAUGGCGCCCCUGCUCGCCCUGUUCCUGGCUGCCCUGUUGGGCCUACCCCUGGCCCAGGCUCUGGACUGCCAUGUGUGCACUUACAACGGGGAGAACUGCUUCAGCCCCAUGCGCUGCCCAGCCAUGGUCACCUACUGCAUGACCACGCGCACUUACUACACCCCGACCAGGAUGAAGGUGAGCAAGUCGUGCGUGCCCAGCUGCUUCGAGACCGUGUAUGAUGGCUACUCCAAGCACGCGGCCACCACCUCCUGCUGCCAGUAUGACCUCUGCAACGGCGCUGGCCGUGCCGCCCCUGGGGCUCUGGCCCUGGUCCCUGUACUCCUGGCCACCCUCUGGAGUCUGCUCUAAGCCCCCCGCCAGCCGCACUCAAG